GAGCAUGGCGGGACCGCUGAAGGAGCGGCUGAAGGAUGCAGUAAAGAUCCUGGGAUGUGGCAGCGCUUUGUUUGUGGGAUACCUCACUGCAAAUGGGGAUGAGCGCUUUUAUGAAACCACCCUUAUGCCCAUGUUACAGAAGCUUGUGGGAGCAGAGACGGCUCACGUCAUGGCCAUACGCUUCCUCAGCCUUGGCCUGGUACCCAGAUCUCGCUACCAGGAUCCUGCCUCAUUGGAGCUAAAUGUAAUGGGCCGAAAGUUUGGGAAUCCAGUUGGAAUCGCAGCAGGCUUUGAUAAGCAUGGUGAGGCAGUGGAUGCUCUGUACCGGCUAGGAUUUGGUUUUGUUGAGGUCGGCACAGUCACCCCUAGACCACAGGAGGGAAACCCAAAACCCCGUGUGUUCAGACUUGAGACUGACCGGGCUGUAAUAAACAGAUAUGGAUUCAACAGCUGUGGUCUGCAUGCUGUUGGAGAGAGAUUACAAACCAGACAAAGUGUUCAAGCUGAGCUCACCAAAGAAGGCAAACUACUUGGCAUCAACCUUGGGAAAAACAAGUUGUCCACUGAUGCCGUAGCUGAUUACCUAGAAGGAGUGAGGACCCUCGGACCCUUUGCUGAUUACCUGGUAGUGAAUGUCAGCAGCCCCAACACUCCUGGACUCAGAGACCUGCAGGGAAAGAAAGAGCUGCGCCAUCUACUGGACAAGGUUCUGAAAGAGCGAGACUUACUGCAAGGAACAAGUCGACCUCCAGUACUGGUCAAGAUUGCACCUGAUCUCUCCCAGAAGGACAAGCAGGACAUUGCUGAGGUCGUCACAGAGCUUGGUGUGGAUGGUUUAAUAAUCUCUAACACCACCGUGUCCAGGCCUGAGACCCUGCAAGACGCCAACAGGAAUGAGACAGGGGGUCUCAGCGGGCAACCACUUAAAGAGCUGGCCACUCAAACUGUACGAGAGAUGUACACUUUAACAAAAGGAAAAGUGCCCAUAGUUGGUGUGGGCGGAGUGGCUAGCGGGCAGGAUGCUCUGGAUAAGAUCUGUGCUGGAGCGUCAUUGGUACAGCUCUACACAGCGCUGAUUUACCAGGGUCCACCAGUCGUAACCAAGAUCAAAAGAGAACUAAAUGACCUUUUAAUGGCACGGGGGUUCAGUAGUAUAUCAGAAGCAGUGGGUGCUGAUCACAGGAUGCCUGAUGGUGUGGCACAGUCAAAUCAGUAGUUGCAGUAAAAUAAGCUUCUGACCAUGUUUGGCCUAGACUGUGGCUUUAAAACUGAAAGAAUGGCUGAAAAGUCCCUCACUCGGUAUUGAGAGGAUUAGUGGGCUUGGGUCAUGACCUGAUCCUGGAUUUAAAUGUGGUGCAAUGCAGAAGUGAAAAGGUAUGUGUAGAACUGAAGCUGAAAAACAAAGGCUGAUUACACUGCAGGUAAAUCUGGCCCACUUCUGAUUUGUUUUUACUGUGUGACACAGAUUAGUUUUUAUGACAGUGUAAACAGCAGAAACCUCAAGCCACUUGCUUCAUUAGGGCAAUUCAAAUCUGAUACGUGUAACUUCAAUUGGAGCAGAGAAUUGACAUUCACAUGAUUUCAAUCUAAACAGAGCAAUUGGAAUUCCUAUGAGAUUUCUCAUUUGUAUAAACAUUAACAUACAAACCUUUAAUAUUAUAGUUACUUAAACAAUGUAGUCUCUGAAUGUUUUGAAUAUUACAUAAGUCUAAUUUUACACCACCAUGAAAAGAAUGAACAUUGCCAUCAGUGCCAGACUAUUUAAAACACUGGAACACUGUUCAGGAUGAUUUUCUGGGUGGAGUUGAACUUAGUCGCUGUUGCUUAGUCAUUACUACAUGAAUAAAACAAAAAGAUUGAUACACAGUUUAAAACUAACUGUAGUAAGUGUAGUAAUCAUGAAAAAUAUGAAACUUGAAAUACUGAUUUAAUAAUAUUAAUUUAUGUAGAGGCUCAUUUGUCCAUUUCAAGAGUCUCUUGGCCAAAAUGUAAGAAAAAUUACAGACUUUCUAAAUGUUUGUUUUAUUUCAAAUCUGCCAUAAUUUUGCUAAUAAAAUAGGAUUGGAAACCUGA